GAGUCGGUUCCUGGUUUUCACAGAAGGCGGUUAAACAAAAUUCCUCUUUACUUCGAGCUUAAACCUGGAGUUUUGGAUUGUAACACUAAACAAAUGACCGUAUCAUCAUCAUCAUCAUUAUCAUAAUAUCUAGUAAGUGUGUACAUUCCAGCACCUAUUCAGCUGCAGUAUUCUAUCUAUUUUUGUAAAUAGUGAACCGAUUGCCGACAAGGAGUCAAAAGGAUCAGAAAAGUUUGCUAUGAGGGAGACCAGAGGUCACCAUGGGAACCAGGGGAGACAGGAAGGGGGCUACAGAGAAAAUCGUCAACAACGGACGCGACCAUCUUCCAGCAACAGAUCAACUACUAGGCCCCAGAACAGCACCAGAAACGUAUCAUCCAGUACCCAACAUGCGAGAAGGUCGACAUCAGAAGAACACGGAUCACAAUGUACACACAUUUGCUCCAGGAGAGGUAUUGUGCUAAUGUGCGCAUUUUUGUGCAACCUGUUGGUGUUGUUCUGUCUCGUGGCUGCUUACGUGACACUGUCAGGCAUGUCGGCUAUGAAUUUUGGAGGAGGCGGGAGUUUUGUCGACGUGAUCAUCCCUUUUGAAGGGACAGAGCUUCAGAAGGUGCGUGAACUUGAUAUGCAGUUUACACAAAUGAGAGCUCCCGGACUCUAUGGCGGCUUGGCUUUCAGCAUCACCUUCGGCAUUCUAACACUUUUCUUUGUCAUAUCAGGCAACAAGCCUCCCUAUGUGCUUCCACAAAAGCUCCUUAUUGGUCAGUUUGCAUUUAUGCUGAUAGGAGCAGUGGCUUAUGUCACUGCAGUGGGCCUGUAUCUACAUUUUGUGAUCAAGGUGAACUCGACGGAUGUGUGUUUAACGCGAGAACGACUCUACGCACGUAACGGACAGACUUGGAUGAACUGUAACGUGAAUGGUGCAGACGGAGCUGUGGCAUUGUUUGCAAUUAUACUGGUGAUUUUGUAUGCCGUGGGAGCAUUUCUCACUUUUAGAACAAUUAGAAAUGUGCACCAGUACAAUAAAGAGCGUGUUCGCUACGAAGCCGAGAGACCUAAGCGACCGCAAAGUACCCAAGACACAACCACCGAGUCAGGCAUCUAUAUCUGAGCUUCAGAAAAAAAAAACAGCACUACUUUUUUUUUUUAUAUAUACAUAUUUUUUAAAACAAGCAUAUGAUAAAUGAUUAAACACAAUGUAGUUAUAGCUUUUCUUAAAAAUCUAUUUCUAUAAACUGUAUUUGAGUAGACAUAUAAUGUGAAUCAGAAAGUGUAUUAAUGUUAGUAUGUAUAAAUGUUAGAAUUUAACUUUUUGGAUGUUUUUAAGAAUUCUGUUGUUGCUUUCUGUCCUUAAUAUUGUAGCCAGCAGGAGGCAGCAAACACUUGUUGUUUACACUUGUUGUUGAUUUGAAUAUUUAAGUGUUUUAAUGUUGUUACUAGCUGAUAUCUUGCCAGGGGUUCUAUAACCUUUUUGGAGCCAGGGACCCUUUUAUAUGUUAAAUACAUUAAUACAAAAAUGAAACACUAUAAUGGAAUCAAGAAAUACAGUUUUAUGAACAUAAUUCUACUAUUCAAAUGUUAGGCUCAUUAUUUGAAAGCGCUGUGUGUUGAAUCUAAGUACUUAUUCCUUUCUGCCACAACCAAGUUGACACUUGGCUGUUUUAGGGUUUUAAGGCUUGAAUUAUGGCCAUUCCAUUGAAGUGUCCAGUCUAAUAACUCAAUACUAAAUGCAAUAAAUUUGAUUUGAAUCUUG